UCAGCUAGCGGGCAAGACGGAGAUAGAGACAGGGGUAGCGAUGAACUUCAGUAAGAUUGGAGUUCAAGGCUACAGUCUUGGAAACCUGCAGCUUACCGCUGAAGAGCUAAACUGGACAUCAGACGACAAAUCAAGCUCGAAGAAGGUGAAAUGGCUCGACGUUUCUCAUGCGACGUGGGCGCAAUAUGCGGCGUACUGUCAUCUCCGACUGUUCAUGAAGCGCGACGCCCGGCCGGUGCGGCUUGAUGGUUUCAGCAAAGCGCAACACGCAGAUAUCGAGAAGUUUCUCUCCGAGCGGGAUGUGAGCCUUUCGAACGAAUCGCCGAAUCCUGGAGGCGGCAACUACGGAGACAUCGAGGUUCUUGACAAUAUCGUGCGCUUCAGCUCAGGGAACAAGACCUUGUUUGACCUGAACAUCAAAGACGUCAGUCAAUGCGUCAUGCCGGGAGUCAAGAAGAGCAACGACGUGGAGUUACAACUACACGAGAGCGACGCCACGGAUCAGACAGAGGAUACAUUGGUGGCCAUUCGCGUCACGCUGCCAGAGAAGGAUGAGGACACGGAUGAGCGUUCGCCGGCAGAGAGCCUGCAGAUGGCGGUGAUGGAGCGGGCUAAUAUUCACGAUGUCAAGGGGAAAGUACUGGUCGAGUUCAACGAGAGCCAAGGCACUUUCGACUUCCCGAGAGGACGCUACUCAGUCGAAAUGUAUAGCCACUUCAUGCGUAUGCAUGGCUCCAGGUACGACUACAAGAUCCAGUACAACGAUAUAUCCAAGUUGUUCUUGCUGGAAAAGCCGGAUGAGCGCUACGUGGCGUUCGUGAUAUCUCUGGAUAAGCCUAUUCGGCAGGGGCAACAAAAGUACCAGCACUUGGUGCUGCGCACAACAAAGGACGAGGCCACGAUAACGGUGAACAUGAGCGCGGAAGAUCUACAGAAAAAGUACGACAGCAAUCUUAACUCGGAGAUGAUCGGGCCCCUUCACAACCUCAUCGCUAAGAUCUUCAAGGUGCUAUCGAACAAGCCGGUUUACGUGACGGGCAAAUUUAGCAGCACCAAUGGCGCCAAGGCUGUCAAGUGUGCGCUAGGGGCCAACGAGGGAUACCUGUACCCCCUCAACAAGUCCUUCAUCUUCAUCCACAAGCCGACUUGCAUCAUUGGCUUUGACGAGAUCGAGUCCGUCGAGUUCCAACGAUAUGGCGGAGCUCAGGGAGCAGGCGUGACCCGCAACUUCGACCUGUGCGUUGCGCCAAAGUCAGUGGCUGGCGAGACCCCGAAGCCGUAUGUAUUCAGUGGUAUCGAUCGAUCAGAGUACUCUUCCCUGUACUCGUUUUUGAGCACUAAAAAGCUUCGAAUCAAGAACAUCAAGGAAAGCGGCAACGACAACGCCAUGCUUCAGCUCGGGGAUCUUGAUGACCACGAUCCCUACAAGGCAGCCCUGGAUGACGACCAGGGCGAGGAUGAAGAGAGUGAAGACGACGCCGACUACGCCCCGGACGCACGUGGUGGAUCCGACGCGGAAUCGAGCUCCGACUCCGAUGGGGACGAGGACAGCGACGAUCGCGCACACAAAACUUCGAAAAAGAGACCAGGGACUGGGUCAGCGAAAAAGGGGCCAACUCAGAAGAAGCGUGCCUCGGGUGGAGGCUCUUCGAAACCGGCGCCAAAGAAGAAGAGGGCCAAGAAGGACAAGGAUGCACCCAAGGGUGCCAUGAGUGCUUUCAUGCAAUUCUCCCAGGCGAACCGCGCUCAGGUGAAGACGGACAAUCCUGAACUGAAGGUCACGGAGAUUAGCAAGGUGCUUGGUGAGAAGUGGGGGAAGUUGGACGAAACUCAGAAGAAACCGUAUCAGGACAAGGCCGACGAGGACAAGGCCCGCUACAAACGAGAGAGGGAUGCCUACGACUCGAAAAAGGCUGCUACGGAGCCGCCUCAGCAAUCCGACUCCAACGAUAGCGACGCUGCGAGCGACAGUGACUAGUCCCCUACAACCAAGCUUGCGUAUAGUUUAAAUGGGCAGUUGCAGGCGGAGAACUUCACAAAAAAAACUACUCUGUUCGAUUUACCUCAUCGGCACCUUCCGAACGACAUAGACGGUUUUGACGCUUUCACACCUUCAAAGUGUGGGCGAACAUUUUCUCGAAAUUUCUCGCUUAAGUGUUCAUAACGCAACAGACAGCGAGUGUCAUUCCUUGGACGUGGCGUUGCUGCUGCUACCUCCUUGCGUAGCUCCCUGGACACUCGAACGUGUCAACUGCAACAGAAUGCUGGAACAAGGUCCCAGUAAGUGGCAUGUGGUCCCAGUAGAGCAUGAGCGUUACCGAUGUAUUCCGCAAACCAGCUCCCUGCAAAACGGCGCAAUUAUUGAACGGGAUUUUGGACCAUAAAUCAACCGAACUGGCGUAG